UGGUGACGUGUCUCUUAGCGCUCGCUCUUUUCUCCCGGAGCUGCUGGAUGGAGCCACACUGACUCCACGGAACGCGACAACUGGUAGCACUAAGUCAACGGGAGUCGGCCCAAGGACACCAUGGGAAUUAAGUUUUUGGAGGUCAUCAAGCCGUUCUGUGCGGUUCUACCGGAAAUUCAGAAACCAGAAAGAAAGAUUCAGUUUAGAGAAAAAGUACUAUGGACUGCCAUUACGCUCUUCAUCUUCCUGGUGUGUUGCCAGAUUCCUCUCUUUGGCAUCAUGUCAUCAGAUUCGGCAGAUCCCUUCUACUGGAUGAGAGUCAUUCUGGCUUCCAACAGAGGUACUCUGAUGGAGCUGGGUAUCUCGCCCAUCGUCACGUCAGGCCUCAUCAUGCAGCUGCUUGCCGGUGCCAAGAUCAUUGAGGUGGGAGACACUCCCAAAGACCGCGCUCUCUUCAAUGGCGCCCAGAAAUUGUUUGGAAUGAUCAUCACCAUCGGGCAGGCGAUCGUGUAUGUCAUGACCGGCAUGUAUGGUGACCCUUCAGAGAUGGGUGCUGGAAUAUGCUUACUCAUCAUCAUACAGCUCUUCGUUGCCGGUCUGAUUGUUCUGCUGCUUGAUGAGCUGCUGCAGAAAGGCUACGGUCUGGGCUCUGGAAUCUCUCUUUUCAUAGCCACCAACAUUUGUGAGACCAUCGUCUGGAAGGCUUUCAGCCCGACCACCGUCAACACAGGAAGAGGGACUGAGUUUGAGGGCGCCAUUAUUGCACUCUUUCAUCUGUUGGCCACUCGCACGGACAAGGUGCGCGCCCUGCGAGAAGCCUUCUACAGGCAAAACCUGCCCAACCUCAUGAACCUCAUUGCCACAGUCUUUGUGUUUGCAGUGGUCAUAUACUUCCAGGGCUUCAGGGUGGACCUCCCCAUCAAGUCAGCACGCUAUCGCGGUCAAUACAACACCUACCCCAUCAAACUGUUCUACACCUCCAACAUCCCCAUCAUCCUGCAGUCGGCUUUGGUCUCCAAUCUCUACGUUAUCUCCCAAAUGCUGUCAACGCGGUUCAGUGGAAACUUUUUGGUUAACCUCCUUGGAACGUGGUCUGACACAUCGACUGGUGGACCAGCUCGGGCCUACCCAGUGGGAGGCCUCUGCUACUACCUGUCUCCUCCAGAGUCCUUUGGUUCUGUUCUGGAUGAUCCGGUCCACGCUGUUAUCUACAUUGUCUUCAUGCUUGGCUCUUGUGCCUUCUUCUCCAAGACCUGGAUCGAGGUCUCGGGAUCCUCUGCCAAAGAUGUGGCAAAGCAGCUUAAAGAGCAGCAGAUGGUGAUGAGGGGACACAGAGAGACUUCAAUGGUGCAUGAGCUGAACAGGUACAUCCCCACUGCUGCUGCCUUUGGUGGCCUUUGUAUAGGAGGUCUAUCUGUCAUGGCUGACUUCCUGGGAGCCAUUGGUUCUGGCACAGGAAUCCUCUUGGCUGUGACCAUCAUCUAUCAGUACUUUGAGAUCUUUGUGAAAGAGCAAAGCGAAGUGGGAAGCAUGGGAGCGCUGCUCUUCUAGAAAAUGCCAAGUCGACAAGAUACAGCAUACACAGAGCCUCCAUACCGUGUCGGUCUUUUGCGUUCCAUCUCCUUAUUUUCUCAGCAAUUUGCACAAUCAGUUCAUUUUGCAUCUGGGAUAGAUUGUUUUACACCUGUUGUCUCUCUGGUGUUGUCAAGAGAGCUCUUUUGUUUUCUCCCUGCUUUGAGCUUGUUAUUGUCUCCAGCCAUUUCUUCUGCUCUUAACCAUCCAAGGUGGGCUGCCUGACUUCCCAAUGACUGUUUCGUCAGCUGAAGAGUCCCUCAACACAUGCGAGUGUGUGGUGCUGUCUUUUACUCACCUUGCGUAUUUUUCACUGACAACACUAUGACAAAACAUGAAUUUCAAACAUUAGGAUAUGCAAAAGAAAACCAUGUCACCAGUCAUGCUGUAGUUUUCUUGGGGUUUGUUAGAAUGUGAAGAGUAUGAACAAAACAUACUUUAUCUUGGCAAGUUGCCCAAAUUUACCUUUGUUUAUAUUCUCCAUGAUGGACGGUUCAUAUUCACUCUGGUCUUCUGUAGGAUACAGUAUGUUUGUUCUAUAGCUGGCUGGUAAAGGAAAAUGAUAGUCUGCACUGCCUUGGUCUUUAAUUCCCAGACUGAAUUGCUGCACAAAACUGCCCGGGAGGUCAGUAAGAGGGUGGGUUUGAUAUCGACGCAAAGGGGGUUUCAUUUUGGUUUUUACUCUUAUGUAAAAGACAUAAUUGUGUUAUUAAAAAAAAUGUUUUUUCCAACAAA